AGUUGAAAACUCACGUAAUGGCGUGUGGAGGGAAUUCGAAGUUCUUUGUGUUUGGCUUCUUAUUCAUGCUUCUCUCCCUUAUACUCGAUAUCGUGGGUGUGGCUGCACCAUAUUGGAUUUAUGGUGAAAAGGGCAGUGGAAAAGUGUACUUAGGUCUAUGGAAAAUUUGUGUAUCUGGUGAUAUAUCGGGCUACAAUAUAUCCGGAUGUUCUGAAUUUGAGGAUGUUCCAGAUUGGUUCAAAGCAGUAAGAGGGUUUGGCCUGCUUGGGAUUCUCAUCUCGGCCAUUGGUCUUAUUUCUGCCCUGCUGAAAACCUGUUUGAAGGACAGAGUCUCCGUAUUGAUCAUUGCCAUUAUUAUGUCUUUUAUAAGCGCUGUGUGUACCGUUGUGUCAAUAGCAGUUUUUGCAGAAAAACAUUAUGAUCUGGUAAAGGACAGCAGUUUUGUCAACUUCAGCUUUGCAUUUGCUUUUUGUGCAGUUUCCAUCGUUCUCUCGGCCAUUGCUGGGAUUUGUAUGAUCAUUGAAAUAGCAAAGAGGUCUUCCUACACUACAAUCGAUGGGCGUUGAGUAAAAAAUGUUUACUUGAUGUCUGCCAUCGUCAAAAUAACCUUUUGUGCUUUUGUCAUUGUAAUUCUCUUAGUCUUUGAAUGGAAUUGUGUAUUUCAAUGUGCAGUAAAUAGACAUAAGAACAAUGGCAAACAAUCAAAAAUGAACAAAUCUGUCAAAUAACCUCUUUGUAGACCAAAAAAAAUCUGUAUCAACUGCUUACACAGCCUCAACCUGUUACUUGACACAGAUAGUGUAUAAUUUUCAUAGGCAUUUAAAUCUUAACUCAGGUUUGCUUGCAUUUCAUUUCAACUCAGGGAUACAUUACAGAUAUAUAUAAGAAACAGGGGAAUGAUACAGUUUUUUUUUUAUAUUUCUCUCCUAAAGUAUAUGUUGCUCACUUUUAUAGUAUCAAAAAUGUUUACAAUUUAGUAAUAUUACUUAAAAAAAACAGUACUUAGAAUUUUAUAAAUGUGGUAAUAUACGGAAACAAUUCGUAUCAGAGUCGUAAUGUCAAAGUAUGUGCAUUUGGAAUAAUAAUGACAUGCCCUAAAAGUGAAAGAAAGUAAAGUUGAAUCUAUUGAAUUAAACCAGACCAUGCUGGUUUUAUCAUAAAGUUUUAAAAUGUUUUUUUUCAUAAAACGGAUCGCAAUAUAAUUCUGUUAAGAGAAAUUCAAUACAUAAUUUGAACGUACAACCACAUCCUCAUUUUUGCUCCUUGAUGUGUAAACAUUUAUAUAUUUUUUUUCGCUUAAAAUUAUGUAUAUUUUAUAAUGAGUUAUGAAUUAAAUAUAAUGAUUUUCGUUUUAGAA